AAAAAACAACGACGGUGUUUGUUUGAAAACUGUUUCAAUACGCCGCACAAGUACAUUGACAGCCGCAUCUAGAAGUCUGAAUUAAAGAAAAAUUGUAAGAGGUGUCAAAAUGGCUGUGUUGAAAUCAUGGUAUGUAAUAGUUUUUCUAAUAACCAGUGUAUGGUCUUCCGACGACAUGGCAGAAAAGGAGAGUUAUUUAGACAAAUUACAAAGCUUAAAGCAAUUGGCUACCGGUUACAAUAACCAAGACGAAUAUGAUCGUAAAAAAUUGGAAACUUUGUCUCUCGUGGAUUUGCGUCAAAAAAGUUUGGACUUGUACCGUUACCUGGAAUGCGGAUACUGUAACAGUGCUCUGUUUCAUUUGAAAUUAAUGGGCGAUGCGGUUUUCGACAACAUCAAAGAUAUUCUCACGCCAGAGACACUUGAGGAUUUCUUGUUUGAUAAAGAAGCGUCUAUGAUGCUCGAUUCGUUGUUGGUUCUAAACAACUAUGAGGUAAAAAAUCUUUGGUUAGUUUUUAUAUACACCCGCCAAAUAAGGGUUUUCUUUGGGCAAAUUGUUAAUGACGGUGGUAAGUUUAGUUCGAAAGUUUUAAACAAAACACGACGGAUGCACGAAUUCGUGUUAACCGAAAUUGAAAAAGACUUGGACCGCUGCAUGUGUCCAUUGGAAAACUCUUUCAACAUAAAUUACGAAAACCAUAAUUCGUUGGCAAAGCACCAACUGUCUUUGUGUAAUAAUUCAGAAGCUGAAUCUGCCAGUGCUGCAAACAAUGGCAGCGUGAUAGAUGCAAUACGACAGAAAAAAAGAUUACUGCAUAACAAUUUCGAAAAAAAACCGGCAGAGAGGACUAUUGGAGUUCUCGAUGUCCGAAUCAUUAACGGACGGCUUGUUUCUUUUUCACGACAAGGAAACAUACAAAUUGAUUAUUGACGAAUUUAUGGCCGACAAUUCCAAUAGGUCAACACUCUUUACCACAGUACAUUUUCCGGAAAUCACAAGUGGGUUGGAGGGAGUCAAAAAACUUAAAAAGAGACAGCGUCAGAUUAUCGGCACGUUAACAAUAAUAAUGCUGGAAAUGAUGUUGUCGUACACCCUUAAAACUUGCCAAAGGCGCGAAUCCAAAAACUUUUUGAACAACACGAACACGUUCAAAAAUCAAAUCUUAGGCAAGUUUAUGGACAUAAUGUCGUUGCACGAUAACGGGGCAUUCAAAAAGGUCUAUGCACAAUUAACAUUUUGCUCAUCCCUCAAUAGAGAGUUCAAAGAUUCCUUCGCUGAAGAGAUGUUUGAUGAUUGCAUGGAUGUUAUCGUAUUACUAAUUAACAAUUCAAUUAAUAAAAUUACGAAGAAUGUUCGUUUACCCAAAAUCAAAUCAAUAGUGAGCGAUUGUGAAGGCGAGAACGUAAUAUCAAAGCCUACCGUUGAUGAUAUUCUUAGAGAAAGCGAAAAGUUUGUCGUUAAAAUUGAAAAUCAUAUUAUACCACAUUCGAUCAGGUUGGCGGAAUCGUUUUGGAUUAUGGUCCGUGAAAAAAUACUACCUAAUACUAGUACUACGUCUCGUGAUGAAGCUAAUUGACCUAAAACAUAUUAUAUUAUAUAAUCAUAAAAAAUAAUUAUUCAUACUACAAUACUAAGGCACUUUUAUUUCACCAUAAUGCACCUUUAUUAUAAUUUUUUCGA